AUGGCUUUGGCUCAAGCUUCCGUGUGGCGGGCCUGUUGCUGUGCCUCUGCGUGGCUCAGGCCAGGGACCCUGGCGAAGUCAUACAAGGACCGUGCGAUCAAGAUGAUGCAGAGCUGGACCAGCGCUCUCUCGAGGAGUUCUGCGAUGUCAGUGACUGCAUCUACCGCUUGGAAGACUUCGACCUGUCGCACAGAAAGUGCUACUAGGCUACUAAUCGCCGAGCUCCUAGCCGAUGAGAUCCCCUAUGGCCACUGCAAGAAGACGAUGGAGAUGUUCAUGUACCAGCACAUGUACAUCAACCUACCGACGAUCUUCAGUAAAUCCUCCAUGACCAGCUCCUGCUGCACCGAGCAGAGUUACGACCUCCUUCUGCAGAGCCUGGAGUGCUACGUUCGCUUUAUGAUCCCGGAGCUAAACGAGAAGACCCGCCCGGCAGAGUGCGUGUCGCUGUGGGCCCAGGAUCCAGAAAAGCCAUUGUUCAUGGAGCAUCUUCCCAGGCACUUCAUGACCUUCCAACAGGAGGAAGACCUGGAGGGCCAAGAAGCGACGGCAGGGAUUGAGCCGGCGCAGGAACGAGCCACGCCAUCUCUCGGUCUCCCUCUCGCUGAUGUCAGUGCGGCUCCACAAGAGGAGGGCUCGGACCUAGUCCUCGAAGACGCCCGGAGGGAGUCUGAGGAGAGAAGUACCGGCCCACUUCUGGAGGAAGCUCGGCAGCCUGAGGAGCAAUCUCCCGCAGUGGAGGCAACCGAGCUGACACACGAGGAGGAGUUGCAGGAAGAGGUGGUCGCAUCCCCAAAAGCUUCGAUCUGCGCGCGCUGCGCUCGACGCCGCAACGAAGCUCCGGAGGACGAGGCAACCGAAGAUCAGCCGACAGGCAGCUGGUGCCCUCGCCGAAGCAGUGCAGAGGAGGAUGCGCCCGACUUGGAUGUGGCAGCACCUCAGGCGAAUGGGUGCUUCGUCAUGGCCGUCAUCCGAAACAUCACGGCCACCAUUUUGGGCGCAGCUGUGGCGAACUUGCUGCCCUUCUUCUUCCUCCAGGCCGGCAUGAGCAGCGUUUCCGCCAAGUGGGCCUGGAUGACCAGCCCACCCAAGUGUGCAUCGGCGGCACCUACCACGUGGGACUUCGGAGGCAUGGCCAACAUCGCUGCCGGUGCCACGGCAAACGUCACUUGCAAGAAUGGGGGCACCGCCUCGGUGGCCACCGUCUCCUGUCCCGCCACAAACGAAGCCGCCACCCAGCCCUCCCAGGACCCUGACUGGUGGGGCCCAUGUGGCUUCGGUGACUCCUGCCUUCAGGACAUGAGCAUCGGCAGUGAUGUGACCUGCACAGGGGGCACCUCCACAGACGCGGGUGGCAGCGUCCGCGUCGCCGUGUCCGGUGCAUCGGCUGUGGUGGGACUGCUGGUGCUGCAGUGA